AUGAUUGAAAAUAGAGAUGGUGCAAAUGUCGAUCUUCAAAAAGAAUUAGAGGAGUACAAAGCAAAAUUAGAAGCAGCAUUAAAAGAUAAUCAAGAUCUUAUUUUAUCAAUUAAAAAUCUUGAAAAUCAAAACACUGACUUGCAAAAUAAAUAUGAAGAUAUCGUUCUAAAAUCAUCAAAAACUUCCUCUACAACCAAGCCAACAACAACCACUAAUACUGUAAAACCAACAGCAGCAAAUGGAAAAUUGGCAUCAUCAACAUCAUCAACAUCCUCACCUUCUAAACCAACAACAACUACAAUCAAACCAACAACAACAACCACUACAACUGUAAAACCAACUACAGUUAAACCAGUUGCUGCUACUAAACCAACUACUACUACCACUACUACUACUACAACCACUAAACCAACCACAACUGUAAAACCAACUACAGCUUCAUCCAAACCAUCAGCACCAAAACCAACAACAACUACAACUACUAAACCAACAACAGCACCAGUUUCAAAACCAACUGCUACAGUUGCAAAGAAACCAGCAGCUGCCACUACCACUGCAGCUACCUCCAAACCAGCACCAUUAACAACAUCUUCAUCAUCAUCUAAUUUAAAAAAGACUGACUCAAAAACUAAACUUACCUCCACCACCACCUCUACUACAUCAUCACCAUCACCAAAACCAACAACAUCAGCAGUAAAGAAGCCAGCUUCAUUAACUACCACCACCACCACCACCACUGCUACCACUAAAACAUCAACCCCAACUAAACCAAUAACAACCACUCCAACCAAACCAACAACCACUCCAGUCUCUAAAGUAUCAACACCAUCCAAAACCACCUCAACACCAACAAAGACUUCAACCCCAACUAAAACUUCAACCACUACACCAACUAAACUCAGCAAUACACCAUCUUCAUCAUCAUUAAAGAAAGUUGAUGAUAAGAAGAAAUCAUCAACUGAUUUAUCAGCAGCAGCAAAGGUAAUUAAAACUGAAACUCCAACUCCUUCUGUUGAAAUUCAACCAAAAGAAGAAGAAACAAUUAAAGAAGAAAUUAAAGUUGAACCAAUUGUUGAAGAAAAGGUUGAACAAGAAAAACAAGUUGAAGAACAAGUUAAAGUUCAAGAAGAUGUUAAAGUUGAGGAAGAAGAAGAUGUUAAAGUUGAAGAUGUUAAAGUUGAAGAAGUAAAAGUUGAAGAAGAUGUUAAAGUUGAAGAAGAAGAUGUUAAAGUUGAAGAAGAAGAUGUUAAAGUUGAAGAAGUAAAAGUUGAAGAAGAUGUAAAAGUUGAAGAAGAGGUUAAAGUUGAAGAAGAUGUAAAAAUUGAAGAGGAAGAAAAGGUUGUCCAAGAAGAAGACAAAGAAGACAAAGAAGAAGAAGAUAAAGAAGAAAUGGUACAAGAGGAAGAAAAAGAAUUCAUCCAAGAAACCACAGAACCAAUUCAAAAUAUUGAAAUCGACCGUUCAAUGGAUGAUUUUAAAUUUGAUCAAGAUGAUAUUAAAUUUGAUGAAAUUGAGUCAGAUCUUGAAUCAAACUCUUCAAGAGAAAGAGAAAGAGAAAAUGAAAAUAAAUCAAUUGAUGAACCACUUAAAGAAGAAGUAUAUGAAACUGAAUCAGUUGGUAGUAAUAAUGAAAAAGAAGAACAAGAACAAGAACAAGAACAAGAACAAGAACAAGAACAAGAACAAGAACAAGAACAAGAAGAACAACACGAAGAACAACACGAAAAAGAAGUAAAACAAGAAGUUGAUGAAGAGAAAUUCAUUGAUGAAGUUAUUGUUGAGGAAGAAAAACAAGAACAAGAAGAGAAAGAAGAAGUUGUUGUUGUUGUUGUUGAAGAAAAACAAGAAGUUGUUGUUGAAGAAGAAAAACAAGAAGUUAUUGCUGAAGAAGAAGAAGAAGAAGAAGAAGAAAAGGAAGAAGAAUCUAUUGUUAUUGAGGAAUCAAAACAAGAAGAAGAAGAAAAGGAAGAAGAAUCUAUUGUUGUUGAUGAAUCAAAACAAGAAGUUGUUGUUGUUGUUGGAGAAAAAGAAGAAGAAGAAACUAUUGUUGUUGAAGAACAACCAAUACAAGAAGUUGAAACUGAACUUGUUGAGGAGGAAGAAAAACUUGAAGAACAAGUUGUUGAAGAAGAAAAAGAAAGACAAGAAAUUAUCGAUGAUCUUUUAGGUAAUGAUGAUGAUAAUAAAAAUGAAGAAGUAGAAGAUGAAGAAGAAGAAGAAAAAGAAGAUGAAAAAGUAGAACAAAAAGUAGAAGAUCCACAACAACAACAACAACAACAAGAAUCAUCCAAAUUUGAUUUAGAAUUUGAUUUUGAUUCAAUUUCAACUUUUAAACCAAAUGAAAACAACAACGCUCAAACUGAAUCAUCUCAAAAAUCAAACUUUUCCGAUCUUCUUGAUUUAGAUUUCACCAACACAUCAACCACAUCUGCUACAAUUUCUGUUGAACAAGAGGUUGAAGAAAUGUUUUAA